AUGAGGUGCUCGACUAUGGGUCGGACAAUGACCCGGAGAGCAUCGAGGUUCCUCUGGUGCGACACGACUCGGAGCGCCAAGCUGCUGCCGGUGGGGCCAUCCAAGCAGGAGCCCAGCACACCGGACGCACCGAUUCGGCAUGCACGAGGUGCUGAGGAGUCGACUCUCCCCCGGUUGGGGGGGAGAGGUCGCCCGCGCAUGCGCGCCUUGAUUCCACUUGGUGAGGACAAUCCUCCAGCGAGUGGCCCCGUCAAUCUUGGCAUGCAUGCAAGGGGGGGUCCCCCCAUGGUAUCUCGCGGGGGUGUAUCGUUCAAUGCUCGUAUUCCCGGAUUGGGUCAGGUUGUGUCCGAUACUCGCCCUUCCCCUGCAUCGGUCGAAGAUUCGACCCUCAUGCUUCAGUUGGCUCAGGCCCAGGCUCAGUUGGCAGCCAAGGAGGCCGAGCUUCGACAGCUUAGGGGGGCAGCCCAGCGUCACACUGCGUUGCCUAACCCCCCCGUUUCGUUAUGGGAGCCCCCUGAGGGCCCCCCCCUUUCUCGCCCGUCCGUAUUGGACCGGCUUGAGCCGCGCCCCUCGGCUUUCGACCGCCUCAGCGCGCCACCCCCCAGCAUGCCCACCAACGCCACCAUGGGACGUCAGCCCGGUAUGGACCGGGCCAUGCAUGACUUCUUCAUGGCGGGGGGCGAAUCUUGGCAGGGGCCGCGCACGGGGCAGCCACCCAGGGGCUCCUUCGAUCCGUCUGCGCCCUUGGGCGCAGACCCAGUUGCCGCGUCAUCGAAGGGCGCUUCGAGCAUUUCGAGCGCCCACGACGAUUCAUUUCGGGGCGGGCCACCCCACCGGGCGCCUCGCUUGAGCCGUGCGUCGCCCUCUUCUUCCCCGGCGUCUUUCACCUGGGGCGUCGACAAGUGGCCCCGGAAGUACUGCUUUAACUGGCAGAGCAACAAGCCCUGCUCUACCGACCCCUGCCAUUGGCCCCACACCCACGUGUGCCGCUGGUGCGGCGACCCCAACCGCUCUCCCGAGCAUGGCAACGCCUGCAACCAGCGCCCUCAGAAGGAGUAA